CAGGAGAGAUAUGUUGAAACGUGUUUGCCACCAGCUAGGGUCAGGCUUUGUUAUGAAUCCUUUGACAACACAGGGAUUGUUUUUAUUUUCACGUGACAAGAAUGGAAAGUCCCCAUACCAAAAAUGAAAGUGAAAAUACCCAGCUUUUAAAAAUCACACACAUAAAGUAAAGACAGCCAGUUCUGGUGCAGCACUCAGUCGGAGAACAGCUGACUAACAAAACACAAGGCUGCAGAAGCUGUAGUCAAGAAGAUCGACAAAACAGGACUUUGAGUUCUGCCUCUUCUUGUUGCUUUUGGAAUUCAGCAUUCACUAUGAUGCCUCUCCUUGAAAUGCAGGCCCUUGGUGAGUGUGCCAUACCAUUCAGGACUUUCCAGAAGCGUGUCUUGAGGAAGAGCUCCAAGAGAGACCUUAGGAAGCUGAAGUGAGCCUAAAGAGAGGACCCAGAAAGUACAACUGAAAGGAAACCAAGUCUCUAGAACUAGAGAAGCAGAGAGUAACGUCUGCCAAGAAGAACUGCCAUUAGAGCAGGUCUCUCUGAAGAGGGCACUACUGAAGUAUCAAGGACCCAGCAGAGCAACCAGAAUGGUCCUAUUUUGCCAGAAAAAGUUGAUGUAUCUGCUCCAUCUGAUUAUUUUCUUUCUGGCUGUGGGGUCUGUUGCCCUGAUGGCUUAUGCCCUUUUGGUGGAAGCUGGAAACAUUGUCAACCUUCCUAAUAAAAGAAUUGGCUUUUACAACUUCUGCCUGUGGAAUGAGAUGAUUGAAGACCUGCAAUGCCUGAUGAUCAAGGACUUUGAGAAGAUAGACAUUCACCAGGCUGUGAUAGUGGUGGCAAGGGUCUUUGUAUAUUCUCCCCUGGUCAUCUGUCUCUUUUCAUUACAUCUCAUUGUGCAUGUACAGUAUAGUAAAGACAGAAUGGAAUGGGAACUGAUCCUUACGAUGCUGGGCAUCACAACCAUAAUGUUAUCUGGUGGCCUUAGCUUGUUUUUGUUUCAGGUCUGGCCUUGGAUACAGGUCUCUGAGCUUUCUGGAGCUUUCAUAGCAUUAGCUGGGGCUCAGGUUCUGCUGGUGCUCCAGCUGGUUGCUGCAGCUACAUAUCUCAAGUGGGUGAAGAAUAAUCUUAUCAAGGGCAGCUCUUCCCUUGAGGAGCAACUUCCACCCUUGCAAGUCUGAAGAGAGAGAGGGAGACAUACCACAGGUGCCUUUCCAUAGUCGGCAUGACAGUAACUAUAAUUGC